AGGUAGUAACCUUCCAUUCCAUAAGGUUUCUAUCUGCAUUGGAAGCCUCGUACCUGGUGAACUGUCUUGUUGCUGCCCAGUAAUCUUAUUGUCCUAGAACCUCGAGGAAUCUGAUGGUUUUGCGUUUCUCCUUACUAUCAAAUAAUACCUGAGACGCCCAACUAGGAGCCGCAAAUAUGAAUAGACCACCCACCGCUAAACCCAGGGCACCCCCCGUCGACUCCCCCCUGGUAGGAGAGGAGAUAACACCGACAUACUCUACCUCGUCCGCGAUACCUAUUGACGAGCCACCGGAUGGCGGGUUCCUAGCCUGGUCCCAAAUCGUCCCGGGUCACAUCGCCAAUAUGCUAUCAUGGGGUUAUGGAACGGGGUUUUCAGUGUUUCAACUAUAUUAUAAGCAAACCAUGCAUCUGCCGGCCUCACAAGUGGCUUGGGUUGGUUCGAUCCAGAUUUUCCUCUGUUUCGUAAUCGGUAUGGUCUCCGGCCGGCUGUCUGAUGCGGGAUACCCGAAACUCUUAUACGCCACCGGAGCCAUAGUGACCGUGUUCGGCAUGUUCAUGACCAGCCUGGCAACGACAUAUUGGCAGGUCUUGCUCGCACAAGGUUUCUUAACCGGCAUCGGCGGCGGUCUGAUGUUCAUGCCGGCCACCGCAAACGUCGCCACAUACUUCAAGAAGAACCGAUCACUUGCCGUCGCCUUGAACGGGUGCGGGUCGAGCACUGGCGCAAUACUGUUCCCGGCUCUAGUCCAAUUUCUCACACCAAAGCUAGGCUUCGGGUGGGCGGUCAGGAUAUGCGGGUUCAUAGGCCUGUUCUUGGCCGUCAUCGGAUUCUUCGUCUUAAAGCCGCGAAAGUUGCGAAGAAUACCAGCCCCCGUUGUCGACUGGAAUGCCUUCAAGAACAUCCCCUACUCCACGUUCUGUGCCGGCGCGUUUCUCAUAUACUUCUCCCUAUUUACCAUGUUAUUAUACAUCAACUCCUUUGCACGCGAGAGCAUCGGGCUGAGCAAUCAAGAAUCGAUCAACUUUGUCCUAGUCACAAACGCAGUUGCUAUGCCCGCUCGACCCAUCUUCGGUGUCAUCGCCGACCGCUAUGCCGGCCCUGUCAACACCUUCGGCAUAAACUGUAUCGCCUUAGGGAUCAUGGCGUUUGGUUGGAUAGGUGUGCAUACACGGUCAGAUAUGUAUGCUUAUUCUGUGGUAAUGGGUUUUGUGAACGGAGGUGCCCAGGGCAUCUUUAGUUCUGCUGUAAGCAGCUUCGUCAAAGACGUUACAAAGAUGGGCACAUGGAUCGGUAUGGCAUUUGCUCUCUGCGGGUUUGCUACUUUGGCUGGCCCUCCUACUAUGGGUGCCAUCAUCGAUGCUAGCGGAGGGAGAUAUAUAUGGGGACAGCUCUGGGCAGGAUUGACUAUUGUUAUCGGGGGUAUUUUUAUCCUCGCAUCUUCUAGACUAGUAGUGAAAGAUCGAGGGGGGAAUAUAUGGACUAAAGUCUAAAAGGGAAACAGGAUAACCUAGGGAUUGGGUUGGAAUAUUGGAUUAGACCUUCAAAGAGGAUGUGCAUACGGCUGUAUAGGGAAGUACAGUAGGUAAGUAUGCCACGCCAGCGACUGA